AUGUACAAUCCUGAACUCGCGAAGACAAUAGUAGACAAACUGACGCCAACUCUGCGUUAUAGGUACUACGACUUCUCAGCCAUGCAGCCACGUGAAGACCCUUGCCUCAUCAAGAUAGAGAAGUUCUUCAAAAGGGAAGCAGAACUGUGUGGACCCUACGCGCUGCCCGAACAGAUGACACCGCCUAUUACAGCCGCACCACAAAGGAAGACUCAAAGGAUCAACAACGUGACUGAGAAGACAUACAUACCAAGAUGCGUCACGAUCUCUGCCUACUGCUUGGGAAACGGACUGGCCUACGAAGUUCCACUGGCAGCCGCUGCUCCCUGCGCCGCCGCCACCGCUCCUUGCGGAGGUUUAGGCUGGGCUGGUUACGGUGCCGGCUGCGGUCUAGCUGCCAUCCCCACAGCCAGCGGGGGUGGUUUUCCUGUCUCCAGUGCUUCUCCCAUCCCACCCGUUGGUGUGUCCGUUCUCUCUGAGAAUGAGAUCGCAGGUAUCUUGGCUGCCGGUGGUGAGCUACCUUUCCUGGGUACCGUUGGUCUAGAGGGUGUACUUCCAACUGUUGGUGCUGGUGCCGUCUCUUACGGCUGCGGUGACGGUGCCGUGGGUAUAGUGAGCGAAGACAUCGCCCCUGCGUGGGGUUACCCUGCAGCCACUGGUUUAGCGUACGGACCAGGCCUUGCUGCAGGAAUUGGUUAUGGUCCCGCUAUCGCCGGACGUCCCUUCGGCGGUUGCGGAUGCGGUAUCUACUAA